AUGCCUUUAGGACUUUCUGCAGGGACCGUCCGCUCCGAGGAUGGAAGUGAGGUCUUCCUGGAAGGAAUGGUGGACUGGGAGCUGAGCCGUCUGCAGCGACAGUGCAAAGUGAUGGAGGGUGAAAGGCAGGCCUACAGCAAGGAAGUCCACCAGCGCAUCAAUAAGCAAUCUGAGGAGAUCCAGCGCCUACAGGAGUUGCGGGACAAACUGCAGGUGCAGAUCAGCGUUGCCCAGAGCCAGGUCAAGCGUCUGCAGGACAAUAAGAGGCUGGAGAACAUGAACCACUUGCUGAAGUGCCGGGCCCAGGUGGAGGCUGAGAUCAAGGAGCUGCAGAAGCAGAACAGAGCCCUGGACAGGCAGCUCCAGGACUGGGAGACCCGGAUCUUUGUCUGUGGUAAAGAUGCCAGGACCCCAGGAGUCAUCCUGGAUCAGAAGGCCAAGGUCCGGAAAAGGAUCAAGGUUGUGGAAAACCAGUUGGACAGGGUCACCUGUCGCUUUGACUCCCAACUGGUGCAGAAUGCAGCUCUGAGGGAGGAGCUGGAUCUCCUACUGAUCGAGAGGAACCGCUACCUGAAUGGGGACCGCAAGCUGCAGAAGGAGAUCCAGCACCAGAGGGACAACCUCAGCGCCCUCAUCUCCUCCUCCACCUCAGCCUACACCCUCAGGGAGGAAGCGAAGACCAAGAUGGGGCUGCUGCGGGAGAGGGUGGACAAGGAGGUGGUCCAGAACGAGACGGAGGUGCAGGUCCUGCAGCGGCAGAUAGCGCACCUGGAGCAGCUGCACCGCUUCCUCAAGCUCAAGAACCACGACCGGCUGCCGGACCCGGUCGUCCUGGAGAAGCGCGAGAAACGGGCCCGGGAGGUGGCCGAGGGCCUCCGGAAGACCUCCCAGGAGAAGCUGGUGUUGCGUUACCAGGACGCCCUGAAUAAACUGUCCCAGAUGACCGGGGAGAGCAACCCGGACCUGCUGGUGGCCAAGUACUUGGAGAUGGAGCAGCGGAACUUCGCCGAGUUCAACUUCAUCAAUGAGCAGAACUCGGAGCUGGAGCGUCUGCAGGAGGAGAUCAAGGAGAUGCAGGGGGCCAUGGAGAGAGCGCGCACUGGCGAGUCCACCCGGCAGUCACUGCAACAGGAGAAGGGGGCCACGCUGCAGCAGCGCUUAGAAGCAGCGCGCUCCGAGGCCGAUAACCUCGAGGCCCGCUCCCAGGAGCUACAGCGGCAGCUGGAGAAGCUCAAGGCCGCCAUCCAGACGCUCUUCACCAGGGCCAACUGUGACAGCACCAUCAUUGACGACCUCCUGGGGGUCAAGACCUACAUGCGUGACCGCGACAUACACCUCUUUCUGGGCCUCAUUGAGAAGCGACUGGUGGAGCUCCUGACAGUGAAGGCCUACCUCAACAUCCAGAGCUACACCUCUUCCAGCUUGGCUACCGCUGCCCUCCUGGUGCUGGGCCAGAGCCCCGAGGAUCUUCCAAAGAAGGUGGCCCCACCUCAGCUCCCGGACAACCUGGAGGACCCCCCAGGCUUUGAGGUCAAAGAAGACUAUCCUCUGAGCAAGGAGGAGCUGCUGAGCCAUGUGAUGAAGGCGCUGGAGGCCCGCGAGCAGUCCCGGGAGCAGCACCUGAAGGAGCUGAUGGAGAUAGCGAAGAAGAUGGACAGCAGCUUGAGCAUGUCCCUCUCCAGUACCCAGAAGGCCGGCUCGGGCACACCCCUGGCGAUCCCCAGGAACGCCAGCGUUGCCCCUGGGUCCCUCAUGAGCCAUAGGACUAACGGCAUCCUGAUGUCCCCUGGCCAUGCCACCAGCUCCACUAUUGGCCAUGUCACCUUUGGUGACCCUAGCUCCACUGUAGGCCACAUGACCCUUAGCUCCACCAGCAGCCAGGGCUCAACUGGGGGCCGCAUGACCUUCAGAUCCAGAAGCCCUAGCAGCCACCCGGCGUCCACUGGGUACUCGGAGUCCAGCGGGGGCCCCGAAAGCGCGGGGGGCAAGCAGAGAGGCACCGGGUCAGACCUGAGCGCCGGCCCUGCCUCCAGCACCAGCCCCGGCUCCACCGUGAGCAAAGACACCGAGAGCUUCGACUAG